CGGAGAGCCACGACGCCGACGAGCCUGCCUCAUCCCAAACCGGUACGAAAAAAAGUAAAUCUGAACUAAUGGCUAAUGAUUUUUAUAAGUGGAAGGACCCGAACACCGGGAAUUAGACCGCAACUUGCAAUUGGUGCAAGAAAAAUAGCUUGGGGAUUUCCGGCGGAUACGGAUCCGCCACAAGACAUCUUAAGUCCAAACACCCGGUGGAGUAUGCAAAAUUAGGCGGCGGAACGGGGAAGCAAACUCAAAUAUCGAGGUUUGCAAAUAACCAACAAGCUUUUGGUAAUUUCUCAUACAAUGAUGCACAAAAUUUGACUGGUAUGGAUAACUUACUUGUUGAAGAAAUUUUGCCUUAUUUGUUUUCUGAAAGUCUUGCUUUUCGUGAUUAUGCACAAACUUGUUUAAAUCCGCAAUAUAGAGGUUAUAGUCGCAAAACGGUUAAGAAAGAAAUUUCAAGGCUUUAUGGUGCGAAAAAAGUAAGGUUACAAAAUUAUUUUGUAAACUUUGAUGGGCGUGUUACUAUAUGUUCUGACAUAUGGGAGGAUACUUAUCAUAAUUUACAUUAUUUGGGUCUGACUGUAUAUUAUAUUGAUAAUGAUUGGCAUAUGCAUAAACGUGUUCUUGCUUUCUGUAAAUUUAAUGAUCGUCACACCGCUGAACAUAUUUAUAUUUUGAUUGAGCGUAUUUUAAUUGAGUAUAGUUUAAUUGAUAAGGUAUUUGCUAUUGGUUUGAUAAUGCUACUAAUAAUACUGCUGUUAUUCCUAGAUUGCGUGAAUUGUGUGGUUCUAUUUCUUUGAUGGGUAGAUUUUUUCAUCAACGAUGUGCAUGUCAUGUUCUAAAUUUAUGUGUGCAAGAUGGUCUAAAAGCGUUGGGAGCAUCUUUGGAGGUAGUCAAGGUGGGAUUAGACGUAUUUGGGGUAAUGGACAACUCAGAAAAAAAUGACAUGAUUAUUUGAUAGAAAGAGGUGAGAAAUAUGUGGCUUUUCAUAAAGAUUUGUCUAUUCGUUGGAAUAGUACCUAUAAGUUAAUUGGAGUUCUUCUUAGAUAUAAACAACAUUUUCCUGCUUUUAUGAAACAAUAUGAUAACUAUAUUAUAAACUCGGUUGAGAUCGACACCUGUGAAAAAUUUGUAAUGCUUUGAUAUAUUUUAAUAAUGCAACUGAAACUUUUAGUCAUGUUUAUAAACCUACCUCAAACCAAUUUAUUCGUGAAGCUGUUAAUCUCGCCGGUGCUUUUUCAAAUUUUGAGAAUGUUGAUUAUGUGAGUUAUUUUGCUAGUUUUAUGAAGGAAAAUUUUUUAAAAUAUUAUUCACAUAUUCCGCAUAUUUAUGGUAUUGCAUUUGUUCUCGAUCCUCGUUUUAGACUUGGUUCUUUGGAAGGAUGUUUGAAUUAUUAUUAUGCUGCUUUUUUUGGUCCAUUGCCAAUGUAUGAGGACAACCCAAUUGAUCCGAAAAAAGAAUACAACGAGAUGAUGAUUUUGACGUACUAAACUGGUGGAAAGGAAAAGAAAGAAUGUUCCCAGUUUUAGCAAAGAUGGCUAAGCAAGUGCUAUCAAUGCCGGUUUCAACAGUUGUCGUGGAAUAAGAAUUUAGUUCGGCUGGCAAUGUCCAAACGCAAUAUAGAACGAGGUUGAGCGCAGAAUCUCUUGAGAUGCUUAUAUGCUACCAUGAUUGGUUGAAAGCGGCCCGUAGAGUUCAAGAAAUUGACAUCACCCCAUCCCAACACUUUAUGGAUGAAUCUAC